AUGGCAAAAGAGCUCCGCGACAAUGUAUCCCGCGUCAAACGCAUCAACUGGUUUGGCACAACCGUCUUUGUCGGACUCCGUGCCGCAGACGCCUUUCUCCAGUACGCACUCCUCCGUCGUGGGUGGGCCUCGGACCUAGUUCGUGUAGUCGGCGGCACCUCCCUUGCCGCCAAUCUCAUCGUCGAUGGAUCGAUGCAUCUACGACCUUACUACAACCUCAUCGCAGCUAUGGCAUUCGGCAGCAGCCUGAAGCAGAUCACCCACAUCUUUCUUGUCCUCGAGCAAGAAAUGUCCCCCUCGUCAGCAGUCACAGUGGCCCUAUUCAACACGGUCCUCAACUCUCUCAACACCGUCUUUUCCGUCUGGGCCGUCACGUCCCAGACCCCAGACUCGGGGAACCUGGCCUCGCCGCUGCUGCUAUCUGCCGUUGGAUUCUACCUAAUUGGCAUCCUAAUGGAGGCCGUCUCGGAGAUCCAGCGGACGGCCUUUAAGAGGGACCCUGCUAACAAGGGGAAGCCAUACGCCGGUGGUCUGUUCUCGCUUGCGAGACAUGUCAACUACGGGGGCUACACCAUCUGGAGAUCAGCGUACGCGUUGGCUUCUGGGGGAUGGGCGUGGGGCAUUGCAGUUUUUGCCUUUUUCUUCUACGAUUUUGCUGCACGGGGCGUCCCGGUGCUUGACGCGUAUCUUUCUGACAGGGUAAGUUGUGCGAGUCUUGCUCUUCUUAGCCACGCUGAUAUAGUCUUAGUAUAA